AUGUUCCCAUUUCUUGGUUUACUCGACAGCGAACACGUCGAGGAGGAGCUCCUCCUCGCGGUCUCGCGUGUUUCUCCAGUCAUUGCUAGAUCUGGAUCAACCCCGGAAAGCACAAUCCGUUAUCUUCUUGCGGAAGAUAGUACAUCUACUGAUGUCAAUCAAAUCAUCACCCUCCUUGAUAAUGGCACCGACAAGGCCAUUGUGCCUCUUUCUCUUGCCAAAAGUCUGCUUGGGACGGUGCCCCCUCAUCGACUGCUCCUUCUCCUUGAUGCUGCUAACGUGAGCGCUGUCUCCGACUCCGUUCGCAACGCUGUGUCUGGCGUCUUGCUUAAAACAUCUUCUUCGGGUGGCUUUGGUUUUGAUGUGGAUCUUGUCCACUCCGUAUCACGCUUCUUCGUCGGUGCAGCAGUACACGUUCUAGCACCUGAUCUCCCCACCCCCUCGAUCAUUAGAAAACUCGCAGCCGUUGGCGCAUCUGUUGUCAUUCCUUUUUCCCAGCUCACCCUCGGCUCUACUUCCCAGACCAUGAUUAACGUCGCAGAUGCAUUCCUUGCACCCAUUGUUUCAGAUCGCUCUGACGGACUUUUCCCCACAGUAGUAUGUUCUGACCCCCAUGGCAAACGCUCUCUAGGCCUGGUCUAUUCGUCUUGUGAAUCGGUUGCUGAGUCAAUCCGCACAGGAAAAGGGGUGUAUCACUCCAGAAAACACGGUUUAUGGCGCAAGGGCGAGACCUCUGGUGCCAUGCAAGAUGUCGUGCGCAUUCGCGUCGACUGCGAUACCGAUGCGCUCGAGUUUAGCGUGGUACAGCACGGUGCUGGUUUCUGUCACCUCAACCGUGCCUCGUGCUUCGGCGAUUUAGACGGACUCGCCGCUCUCGAGCGUACUUUGACCUCACGUUUAGUUGACGCGCCGGAGGGUUCAUAUACUCGCCGGCUCUUCAAUGACGAGGAACUCCUGAGGGCAAAGAUUAUGGAAGAAGCCGAUGAACUGUGUCGUGCAAAUACGACGGAGGAAGUGGCAUUCGAAGCUGCUGAUCUCAUCUACUUUACCAUAGCACGCUGUGUUGCUGCCGGUGUGAGCAUCAAGGAUAUUGAGCGCUCACUAGACAAGAAGGCGAAGAAAAUCACUCGAAGGCCAGGAAACGCGAAGCCACAGUGGAUGCCCAAGACUGAGCCCCCAAAAACAGAAUUAUCCAAGGUGGAAGCGCCUAGACCUUCAUCGACACCCUCUAGCAAGGCGCCUCUUGACCGAAAUGGGCCCAUUGAAAUGCGGACUGUUGAUAUCUCUACUGUUUCCCCCGAAGACCGCGCCAAGCUUCUCAAGCGACCUGUCCUCAGAUCUGAUGAAAUGAUUGCCAAGGUCAAGCCCAUAGUUGAUGAUGUCCGCGCUCGCGGAGACUCUGCUCUACGUGAGCUCACCGCCAAAUUUGACAAGGCUCAAUUGGAUACCCCAAUUCUCCUUCCGCCAUUCUACCCUUUUGCCCCAGAAGCACAGGACCUCGAUCCUGCUGUGCGCGAUGCCAUUGACGCUGCUUACAGCAACGUUUAUAAAUUCCACGCCGCUCAAAUUGACGGCGCUCCACUUGUUGUGGAGACCAUGCCAGGGGUGACAUGCACCCGCUUUGCCCGCCCCAUCGCGCGGGUGGGACUUUAUGUUCCAGGGGGCACUGCCGUUCUCCCUUCCACGGCACUCAUGCUAGGCGUCCCAGCCCAGGUUGCUGGCUGUGAAAAAAUCGUCAUGGCUACGCCGCCCAGGCCUGAUGGAAGUAUCUCCCCAGAGGUACUUUAUGUUGCUCAUAAAGUGGGCGCCCAUGCCAUCCUCAGAGCUGGCGGGGCUCAAGCAAUCGCCGCUUUGGCAUAUGGCACCGAGACUGUUCCAAAAGUCGACAAGAUUUUCGGUCCAGGGAAUCAAUGGGUUACAGCUGCGAAGAUGCUCGUACAGAAUGACACGGAUGCACUGGUGUCAAUAGAUAUGCCCGCCGGGCCAUCCGAGGUACUGGUGAUAGCAGAUGACACAUGUAACCCUGCUUUUGUCGCGGCCGACCUUCUUUCACAAGCUGAACAUGGUAUCGAUUCUCAAGUUGUCUUGGUCGCUUCAUCUCUCUCGGAGACCAUGCUCGCGGAAGUUGAAGAAGAGGUGGAUAAACAAGCGCGUGCCUUGGGUCGUGUCGACAUUGUUCGGGAAAGCGUGGCAAAAAGUUUGAUCGUGAAAACACAAGGGCCAGAUAUCGCCAUGGAGUUUUCAAAUGAUUACGCUCCUGAGCAUCUCAUUUUACACUUGAGAGACGCGCCGGCUUGGGUCGACCGCGUGAAAAAUGCAGGCAGCGUGUUCGUAGGGCCGUACUCUCCAGAAAGUUGCGGAGACUAUGCUUCGGGCACGAACCACACCCUUCCUACAAACGGAUAUGCACGCCAGUUCAGCGGCGUCAACACACAGUCUUUCCAGAAGCACAUAACUUCGCAGGAGGUCACUAUAGAUGGACUGCAGACGCUAGGACCUAUCGUAGCGACUUUGGCGGACUGCGAAGGGCUGCAAGCCCAUGCAAAUGCAGUUCGUAUCCGGCUUGGCAUGUAG